GUAACCACUUCUCUAUGUCCCAAUGUACAAAGAUUAAGGAGCGUUGUAGUAUGUAGAAGUUGGCAAAUGUCUAUAAAAGGUAUAAUAAUUGUUUAUUUAAAUUGACCUUAAAAAAAGAAUUACAAACACAACCCUAAAAUUAAUCACAUCUUGCAUUACAAUAACCAGACAGAAAUGCAACAGUCCUCUUAUCAAAGGGGCGUAUACGGAUAGAAUUUCUCAGAUCAGACAUCAGUUAAUGACCAACCAUGGCGUGGUUAACUCAUAUUUUAUUCCUAAGUUUGUUUUACGCUUUCAAAUGUGACUGCGUCAUAAGCCACCAGCCCCUCGAAGAAGCAUGGGAUAAGAAACUCCACAUUGACUUGAAAGCAGGCUACAAAUGGUAUGAAAACCCAGACCAAUGCAACAAAACUGAAGUGAAAAUGAAGAUUAUAAUGAAUUCCUUCAAUUUGGACAGUGAGAAUGGUAUAUUGACUUUGGUCGGUAUAAUGAUCGCGGCUUGGACAGAUGAAAGGCUGACGUGGAACACGAGCGACUAUGGAGAUAUAACAGAGACAUAUUUCGAGAAAUUAGAAUACUGGGCUCCUUUUAUAGAUUUGAACAACCGUCAUGAAGAUGGAGAAAAUUGGGUGUUUUACGACCUGUGCAGAGUAGAAUCUACCGGGUUUGUAGUCUGUGCGCCAAAAUUCGUAGACUACGCUCAGUGCGCCACGACUAUGGUCGAUUGGCCUUACGAUACACAGACGUGUACGCUUGAGUAUAAAAUUGAUAAGCUCCAAAAGAAUAUCAACCUUCUGCCUAAAGGUAAACAAGCAGUUCAGAUCAUAGGAGAUGAAGUCGGGCCUGAAUUUACAAUAGUUGACUACCAUCAAAUUUCAAAUACAAGCGAUGAGAUUCAGCUCCGAGUAACCUUUGUUUUAAAUCGCAAUGGUGAAUCUUUAGCUGCUGUCAUAAUAUUUCCAUCAAUUCUCAUAUCAAUAUUAACUGUCUGUUCUUUAAUAAUGGAUUUAAAUGACAAGAACCGUGUGCUAAUGAUAUUAUUUUCCAUUUAUUUGCAUUUUUUCUUUUUGUUAGAAAUAGAGUGGAAUAUUCCGAAGCACAGCGCAGAGCCUCCCACUAUAGUGUGGUUUUAUCGGUCGUCUCUGAUAAUGACAUUGUUUUUAAUGACUGCUUCUGUGAUGAUGGGGAAAUGGAACACUUCAGUGUCAACCCCACCAUUAUGGGUCAUUUACUUGAAUAGUAAAGUUUUAAAAUCUUCUGCAAAGUAUUUGAUUUGGCCUCGUUGGGCUUCGAUUGAUUCCUUGACUUUAGACGAUGUACAAGUUAAAGAUGUCGAUGUUUGGAAGGCGUUUACAAAUAUCGUGAACAGCGUGUGUAUUUUCAUUACUGUAGCUGUGUAUGCCAUUAUGAUUCCUGUGUGCGUUCCCAUGCAGUACAAACAUGCUCCAUUAUUAAGGAAUAGCACUGGUUAAGACAUAUUGUUAAUUUGUGUUAAAAUAAAUACUUUUUACAAAUGCA